CCCGGCGACAACUCGUACACUUUGACAACAUGCUCACGAUCAAGUGAGGUCUACAGAGCUGACAGGCUUCUGAUUGUUGGAUCUUGGUUUUUGAAAGAAAAGGCGGUCAACUUUAUCAUUUCUCAAAACAGCUUUUUUCACCUUCCUAUUAUUAUCAUCAUAACAGGAGAACCAUGAAAAAGGAAAAGCAGGUCAACGCAAUCCAUGAACCACCAUCAUAUCAGGAAGCAACGGCGGGGUAUGAGGAAAUGCAGGCCCAGUUUUCCUGGGAUGAUCAGACCAUACGGCAGACCUUCAUCCGGAAGGUCUACGCCAUUCUCAUGGUCCAGCUCUUAGUGACUGUGGCCAUUGUUGCCCUCUUCACAUUUUGUGCACCAGUAAGAUUCUACAUUCAGACUCAUCCCAGUUUAUACAUGGCAUCUUAUCUUAUGUUCUUUGCCACUUACAUCGCACUGUCCUGCUGUGGGGAUUUGAGGAGGCAGGUUCCCUGGAACAUCAUUCUGUUAAUUCUUUUCACUUUAAGUAUGGCCUUCAUGAUGGGAUUUGUGUCGAGCUUUUACAACACCAAGUCAGUGGUUCUGUGUCUGGGAAUUACCUCCCUUGUGUGCUUUUCGGUCACCGUCUUCAGCUUCCAAAGCAAGAUUGAUGUGACUUCCUUUCAAGGUGUCCUGUUUUCGUUAUGUAUGGUCAUGUUGCUGUGUGCCAUCACCCUUUCCAUCGUCGUCCCCUUUGGAUAUGUUCCUUGGCUACAUGCCAUUUAUGCAGUCUUAGGAGCCAUCCUCUUCACUCUGUUCCUGGCAUUCGACACUCAGAUGCUGCUGGGUAACAAGCGCUUCAGCAUCAGUCCAGAAGAAUAUGUGUUUGCCACACUCAGCAUCUACCUGGACAUCAUCUACCUGUUCAGCUUCUUGUUACAGAUCUUCGGAGGAGGUCGCGACUAAGGCGCUUCAUAUCCACUCUAUCCUUGCCCAUCUCUCCUUCAAGUCAACAGAAACAAUGUUUUUUCUAAACAUUUGUAAGAGUCAGCCUUGUGGUUGUGUGCACAUAUCUUGUGGCUAUUUGUGUGAUCUGUGACAUAAAUGCAGAUGGUAUACUCCUCAUGUUGGAUUUUACUAUGAGGUAUGGAGGAAGUCGGCGUGAUGUCACGAUGACGUCACCUCGCUUAGCAACGUGUCGCCAUUUUGUGAAGUGGGAACGCACUGCUAAACAUUCCAUAGACAAACGUCUGAAAUUAAUAUAUUUCAGGUGUAUUUUGCGUCUUUUUUUCCUAAAAACGUCUUAAACGUUGCUUACUAUUAUCACGAGUCAUGGCCGACAGACGCGAGGAUGCGAUGCAAUUUAAAAUUAGCGUUUAUUGGCUUACAAAGCUGCUGAUACAAAGUCGCAGCUGAUAGCUGGAUAAACAAAGGAAUUAGGGCUGUCAAAAUUAUCGCGUUAAAGGGCGGUAAUUUAUUUUUUAAAUUAAUCACGUUAAAAUAUUUGACGCAAUUAACGCACAUGCCCCGUUCAGACAGAUUUAAAUGACAGUACAGUGAAAUGCCCACAUGUUAAUUGUGUUUUAUGGAGUUUUGCCGCCCUCUGCUGGCAAUUGGGUGCAACUGACUUUAUAGGCUUCAGCACCCAUGAGCAUUGUGUAAGUAAUUAUUGACAUCAACAAUGGCGGGCUACUAGUUUAUUUUUUGAUUGAAAUUUUUACAAAUUUUAUUAAAACGAAAACAUUAAGAGGGGUUUUAAUAUAAAAUUUCUAUAACUUGUACUAACAUUUAUCUUUUAAGAACUACAAGGCUUGCUAUCCAUGGAUCGCUUUAACAGAAUGUUAAUAAUGUUAAUGCCAUCUUGUUGAUUUAUUGUUAUAAUAAACAAAUACAAUCCCUAUGUACCGUAUGUUGAAUGUAUAUAUCCAUCUUGUGUCUUAUCUUCCCAUUCCAACAAUAAUUUACAGAAAAAUAUGGCAUAUUUUAUAGAUGGUUUGAAUUGCGAUUAAUUGCGAUUAAUUAAUUUUUAAGCUGUAAUUAACUCGAUUAAAAAUUUUAAUCGUUUGACAGCCCUAAAAGGAAUACAACACAGGUGUCAAACCGAUUCCAGAAAGGGCCAAGUGGGUGCUGGAUUUUGUUCCAACCGAUACCGCGCAGAGAGUUUAACCAAUUAACUUCCUGCUGAAACAAGCAGCACCUGACAAAGUUUAACUGAUUACAUAUGUAAAAGAUCUAAUUGGUGAAAAGUUGCCCUCUUCAUUGGUUGGAAAGCAAACCUGCACCCACUUGGCCCUUUCUGAAAUCGGUUUGACACCUGUGAUCUACAACUAAGUCACCCAGUAAGUUUACCUUCAUCAUUUACGUGAAAUAUGUACUGAGUGGAACUGAGAAAAUUGGUAGUACCGUAAAUUUCGGACUAUAACCAGCGACUUUUUUCCAUCAUUUUGAAUCCUGCGGUUUAUGGUCCAGUGCGGCUUAUUUAUUGAUUUAUAUGGGUUAAUAGGUAGCACUUUAUUUGACAGCAGCGUCAUAAGACUGUCAUAAGACCGUCAUAAUUAUGACAUGACACUAUCAUGAAUGCCGAAUGCUUACGUCAUUAAGUGUCAUCUGGCAAAUUGUGUCACUAACUCCAUUUAUGUCAAUCUUGGAUCUUUUACAUCCAUUCAAAAGUUAAAUAAUUUGCCAGAUAACACUAAAUGACAUCUAUUAAAAGCAUUCACUAAUGCUCAUGACAGUGUAAUGUCAUAAUCAUCUUGUCUAAUGACAUCCUUAUGGCGCCACUGUCAAAUAAACUGUUAACAAAUACCAUAACUAGCAAUUAAUGAAACAACUUGAAAAUUAACUGAAAAAAAUAAUUAGCACAGAACAUGAAUUUUGAUUGUUAUUUGCAUCUGUAGCGGUGCAAUGCAUGCUAGGACGCAUGUUGGACAACAACAGUGUUGACAGCAGGUGACAGCAGAGGUUGACUGUCUAUCCCAAGGGAGCAGCGAUGGCCAAAUGAAGCUUCUUCAAGCAAGGAAGCUUUGCAGCCAAUUGGUUCAUAGCUUCAUUGUGGUUCAUUUGGUUUUAUGAUAGUCGUAUGAUGCCGCUGUCGAUCGAAGUGUUACUGGUUAAUAUCUUUUGGUGUAAAUAUCCCAUAAUACAGUGAGGACAGCUGCGGCUUAUCUCUGAACAAUUGCCCUUUUCGUGCCAAAUUUGGUGGGUGGCGGCUUAUAGUCAGGUGCGCCUUACAGUGCGAAAAUUAGGGUAUAUACGAAGUGAUUAUUUCUGCCGUAAUUCGCUUCCAAGCGUUGUUUAGCCGUGAGCACAUCACGGCAAAAUAACCAAUUCCCACCAGGCCAGUAAUAUACCGAUUGACUAAUCAGAGCAGUUCACGGCAAAGGAAAAAUAACGCUUUGCGAGUUGCCGGUUACGGUAAUAAUAACCACUGCCUAGUCUGAUGAAUCCUAGAAGCUAAUUGGGGCAAAAAUUAAAGUUUACUCACCAGUAAUAAAAUGUCGGCUGCAAACGUAAAUGUGCUUGGAUUUAGGUUCCCACAGGCGAAAAUAGUCCACCGAACCGUCUUCUUUUACUGUUCCUCGAUUAAUUCCUCUCAGCCAUUUGUUUCUCCUUUUCUUCUCACGUGGAAGAAUGAAGAACUUCAAAUGCGGCCCCGAGCUCUUCCUUGUGUGACAACCCGCAACACAGUAACUUUUAGUCAUUCCGACGGAAAAAAGACCGCAAAUAAAAUGAAAGUUAAAUGCGUUUGUAUUACAAUGCACGACACAGCAACUGCUUGUGACUCGUCUUUUGCCCCGUUGUCAAUAUGGCGACGCUUUGUUGUGGCUGGUGACAUCAUUAAAUGUCCGACUUCCUCUAUUACAGUCAUUUAUGAGUUCUCCUUUCAUUCUUCAAGUACAGUGUGAAGUGAGGACUAGAUAAACAGUAAACUUACUCUAUUUAAAUCUGUCAGGGUUGAGUUACAGUUCAUAAACCCUUAAUUCGUGCAGCAGCUUACAAACAUGUUUGAACUUUUACUGUUUCAUUCAUGGAGUGCAGAAGUGUUGGUACAUGCUUGAAUGUGAAGCCAAUCAAAGUCAAUGUGUUGUGUACUGUAUAUUAACAAUUUAGUAUUUAAUACAUAGUAUAUUUAACUGCAGCACUUUAUAAUUUACUGUAUUUAUAAAAAUGAUAUUAAGAUUAAAAAACAAUUUUCAGUUCACUUUGUCUCAUUAAUAUAGUUUACAAUUACAUACUAGGUGUUGAAGUCGAUGUUUCCUUUAACAUGAAUUCUUUGUUCGCCAAGUCAAAAAGUGACAAAAUGACACUUUCCUCCUGCAUUACCGUAAUUUCCCGAAUAUAAGGCGCAGCCGUGUAUAAUGCGCAACCCAAAUUUACUUGUAAAAAUCUAGGGAAAAUUAUUGUACCCGUUUAUAACGCGCACCCUAAUUUUAGCACCAAUAAAUAGAAGAAUACAAGAAAACAGAGCUCGUGUACAGAUACAGAAAUGUCAUUUUACUGACUGGUGAAACACAGCACAAGCAUAACACAUUGGUAGUUCAAAACAUUACCAUAAACUGACAAUAUUUACAGUAAUAAUAUGAUUUGACAACUUCUCCAAUUUACCAGAAUCUAGGAGAAAACAAAAUCGAUGUGACUUUUCUUUUAACGGCUGCUGUAUAACUUGCUCGUUUCAUCAUGAUGAAUAAAUGUUUCUUCCAUGGAUUGAUACGGUAAAAUGAAAGUGAGAACGUAAGUCG